AUGACGGUGAAACUGGAAGGGCGUGCUAAAGAUUGCUACUCGAAUCUUGUUCCCAUGUUAGGUCACGACUUUGUGGAAAUGAUGUUGCUUGAUGGUUGCUUUGUGGUGGAGCUCUUGCGCCUCCUUGGGGAGAGUGAAGAUUCUAUUGAUGAGGAGGACCCAAUCUUCACAAGGCCCUGGCUCAUCCCACCUCUCAUCAGGGACCUCCUCAAGCUGGAGAACCAGCUCCUUUUCUUCAUUCUUGACUCAUUGUUUAGCUGGUCCAGGGGUGCUGAAGAAACCGAAACUUUGCCCCUGCUUGCCUUGAAAGUUUUUGAUCUGGCCUUGCCAAGGUCCCCAGAAGCCAUCCUCCCCUUCCAACACUUGGAAGCUAAGCAUCUUCUUCACUUGUUUCACCAAAGUCUGCUUCCCCCACAGUGGGUCAUGAUGACGGAUCCCCACCGGCCAGCAGAUCAACCCAUGCAAUGUAACCAGGUGCUACAAAUCCCAUCCAUAACCAUCAAUGACUUCACCAGCUCUCCCCUCAUAAACUGUGUCGUCUGGGAACGGUGUCUGGAAGAGGGCUCCAACUACUUCACUGAUUACAUCUCUUUCAUGAGUUGUCUCAUCAACCAACCUAGAGAUGUUGCCUUUCUCUGCUCCGAUGGAAUUAUCUCUGCAUUUUCCCAAGAUGAUCAACAUGUGACAAAAUUGUUCAAACAACUGGGGAAAAUUAGUGGAUUCAAGGUUCGAGAUUGCUACCUGUCUGAGCAAGUCAGAGAAAUAGAGGCUUAUUACAGCAGCAACUGGGCAACCAUGAAGCAUACUUAUUUCAGCACUCCAUGGUCCUUCAUCUCCGUGUUCUCUGCCUUCAUCCUUAUCCUUCUCACCAUGGUGCAGGCUCUCAUGUCCGUUUGGAGUUACCAGCGCCAGUUUGGGUAG